AUUGAUGAUAUCGAAAACCUGGCUUCCCGCACACAUGGAUACGUCGGUGCAGACCUCGCUGCUUUGACAAGAGACGCCGCAAUGAGAGCGAUCAAACGUGGAUUAUCGGAAGGCAUUGGGCAAGAUCAAAUGAGGAUCCGCAGAGACGACCUUGAAUCCGCUUUGACGACAGUCAGAGCAAGCGCUAUGAGGGAGAUCUUCCUGGAACCACCCAAAGUACGUUGGUCCGAUAUCGGCGGUCAAGAGUACGUGAAGCAGAAGUUGAGAGAAGCGGUGGAAUGGCCACUCACUCAUCCAGAUACUUUCAAACGUUUGGGUGUGACGGCUCCUAAGGGCGUGCUUUUGUACGGUCCCCCUGGAUGUUCGAAGACACUUACAGCUAAAGCCUUAGCUACGGAGGCUGGACUUAACUUUAUGGCCGUGAAGGGUCCGGAGAUUUUCAACAAAUACGUCGGUGAAUCUGAGCGUGCAAUCAGAGAGGUAUUCCGGAAGGCUAGGGCUGCUAGUCCCAGUAUUAUCUUCUUUGACGAAAUCGAUGCUAUCGCUUCGAGUCGAGGCGGCAGCGAAGGCUCGAGUGACCGAGUGCUGGCUGCUCUACUCAACGAACUGGAUGGUAUUGAAGCAUUGGUCAAUGUUACUAUCCUUGCCGCUACUAACCGACCAGACGUCAUCGAUGCUGCGCUUAUGAGGCCGGGUCGUCUGGAUCGUAUCAUCUACGUUGCACCGCCAGAUCUGGAUGCGCGUAAGCAAAUCUUGCAAAUCCAAAUUUCAAAGAUGUCGGUCGCUGGCGACAUCUCCAUCGAAGAGCUGGCAGACGCCACAGACGGCUGCUCUGGUGCGGAAAUCGCGGCCUUGUGCCAGAGAGCUGGUUUGAAGGCUAUGGAGGAUAACAUUGACGCGGAGAGAGUCGAGAAGAGGCAUUUUGAUGGCGCUGUCAGAAGCUUAGUGAAGAGGAUCACGCCGGAGGUACUGAAGCCCUAUGAGGAUUUUCGAAAUGGUAUCACUACCGGUGCUAGUUUAGAGAUAUGAUUAUGCAUUCGAAGCAUCGAAGAUACCCGCAUGACAGAAGCCAGCUGCUAGAAAGAUAGAUUUGCACAAAUUAAUCAUAGUCCUUGACCCUCUAAUACUUUUCAAGCAAUGCUCCAGUCCGGUAACUCGUAAUAACUUU